UGUUCGGUGAUCCAUGAUAAAUAGGAACCCCUCCCCUCCGAAUGAAAGCAGUGAGCGAACGACACAGAACCAUAACAGAGAAACGGAUGAAAAAUACAACCUUUCUACAGGAACAAAAUCGUCUCGAAUCUCCAACGGGCAGUCAUCAUGGGAAAGCUGUGUGAGCUGGCCCUGGUGUCUCUUGUCCUCCUGGUUCUGCUUCAUACUGACUCUACAUGGGCCAAGAGAAGUGGCAGCAGCAGCAGCAAAAAGCCAUCAUCCAGCAACAGGGGCUCAGAAAAAAAGCCGUCGAAAACAUCAAACACACAGACGGGAAGCUACCCUAGACAACCCCAAAGCCCCAAUAGGAACCCCAACCCGUACCCAGCAGGAGGUAGUUAUCCAGGGAGAGGUACCAAUCAGAAUCAGAACCCAGCCGGUGGAUACCCUGCAGCAGGUGGAAACCCCAACCAGCAGUAUCCAGGCCGGGGAACCAACCAAGGAGGAUAUCCUAACCAAAACCCUGCUGCUGGUGGCUAUCCUGCUGCAGGUGGCUACCCCAACCAGCAGUAUCCAGGCAGAGCCAAUCCUGGGGGAUAUCCAAACCAGAAUCCUGCAGCUGGAGGUUACCCAGCCGCUGGUGGCUAUCCUGCAGCAGGUGGUUAUCCCAACCAGCAGUAUCCAGGCAGAGCCAAUCCUGGGGGAUAUCCAAACCAGAACCCUGCAGCUGGAGGUUACCCAGCCGCUGGUGGCUAUCCUGCAGCAGGUGGCUAUCCCAACCAGCAGUAUCCAGGCAGGGCAAAUCCUGGGGGAUAUCCUAACCAGAACCCAGCAGCUGGAGGUUACCCCGCCGCGGGUGGUUAUCCUGCAGCAGGAGGCUACCCCAAUCAGAACCCAGGGAGAGGAGGAGUCAAUCCGGGAUACCCAGCCGGAGGUUACCCUGCUGGAGGUUACCCAGUAAGAGGGGGAAAUACUGGCUGGGGGCAGGCAGGGGGCCACCCUGGUGGAGGGAUGGGAGGAGGUUACCAACCCAACUGGAACCCAAACAAUAAGAUCCUCAGUCCCCGCUAUGGUGGAGGCUAUGGUUAUGGAGGUGGGCACGGAGGUAUGGGAGGUGGCUCUCCCUUCUCACGUUCAGUUCAGGGAAUGGGGCAGUACCCCUCUACUCAGUCCAAGGGGUUUGCUAAGAAGGCUUUUAUGGCUGCAGGGGUUGGGGCCGUGGCAGGGAUGGCGAUUGGCUAUGGCCUUGGGCGUUUCCCUCGUCCAAACUUCAACUUCCGCAACCCUCAGGAAGAGCAGUCCUACAACAACUACAUGUACAAAAAAUACGGCGAACGCUCCACAGACGAAAACGACUAUGGCCGGGACUACACCUACAAAGUACCUCCACGGGCAGAGUCCUACGACAGCUUCAUGGAUACCUGCAUGAAGAGGAAUGACCUUCUGCAGGACCAGGGCAGAGACUCCCAGGCUACACCUAACAACCAGAAGAACAACCCUCAGGGAGCCAACAGCCAGAGCAUGCCCAUCACUCCUGAGGUGGGGAACAGCAGUCCAGCUAGCAACCAGGAGGGAACAGACAAAGUGAAGCCUCUCACCCCUGCCCCUGGCGAGAUAGCUGGAGAGGGUAAGGAAGAGGCUGAUGGCCCCACAGUGAGCAUUGAAGAGAUUGGUUACCCUGCAUUGGUGGAGCAGCUGAAGAACCGGAAGUGUGUGGAGCUGUACAUAAACCACUCAGAGCGCUUCCUAGAGAAGCAGACAGCCGAACGCAGCAGUGGCAACAACAACAACAAAAAUCUGAACAGUCGCAGCAACCCCCUCGGUCAGGGGCUGCUACAGCUGAUAACCAGUCUCCUCAUGGUCCUGAGCAGCACUCUUCUACUACACUGAGACAUAUAGUAGGUGUGUCCCAGUCGUCUGGAAUAGCUUAAUUUCAUAGUCCCCCUUUCUCAUCAUGCCACUGAUAUCUUGUACGGAUAGGUUAAUUAAGUAAGGUGGAGAUAUAACCAGUACUUUCACUUAUCAGUGGUCAUGAUGGUAAGGAAGCAAGUGGAAAAUAACUUCCAGGGACAAGGGUGCACGAUAAGGUCCAUUUCCUCCACAUUUUAUGGUGCCAUUUGAGCUUAAACAUAGUUUUACUGUUUGUCUAUUGGCCCAUCUCAUUUGUGUCUCUAACAUUUGCACUGAUCUGUCAAUUUGGACCUUCGCUGUAGUACUUCUAGACUUCGUUUCUAUUGCAAUUUUUGUUUUCAUUGCAUUUUUUUUCAGAGCAGUUUCUGGUAGAAUACUCUGUUGAUCACUGUAUUUUGUUCUGCAAAACACAAAUUUGUUCAGGUCAUGGCAAAUGCAUGAUGCUUUAAUAUUGUAUCUCCGCAUCUAUUACGAUAUCUCUGUAUAAAACACUAACACACAAACACUACAAGUACAUACAGUAUAAAGCUUACUAUUGACUCUGGAUAUCUAUCAGGUUGUACGUAGGCACUAACCAAUUGAAAUUUUUGCUAAUUGUAAACUCUUAUGUGUUAUUAUGUGAUGAGGCAACUAUCAUCUGACUGGGUAUUCAGUGUCUUUUUGCCAGUGUGGUUCCACAUGAAGUACAUAAAGCAUUGUCGCCUGUAUGCCAGAUAUUAGCUGGAAAUCAAUUUGCUCAGAAUAAUUUUUGGGUGAAGUAAACAGUACAUUAUACUCUCCUGUGAUAUUUAUAUUUGUACUGUAAAGAGUCCAUCUUAUGUCGUCUUCAGCAAUUGGUUUUAAAAGUUGCCUGUUCCUAUUUUUCUUUAGUUCUCUCUUGUCCCAUACCUCUCUACCUCCCCAUCUAGUCUCCCUCUCCAUUUCCUCCUUUCCCCUGGUUAUCAGAAGUGCACUUAUUUAUCUUGCCGAAUGGAUAUAAACAACUCUUCUUUUCCUUUUUUCCCAAGCAUGUAUUUAGUGAUGAACAUAAAACAUGCAUUGGUUUAAUGUGUUUUGGAAAUGUAAAAUAACCCCUUUGCCAUGCUAGAACUAAAUGGUAAAUAUUACUUGGCAUUUAAAUAUCGCAAAAGUCUUCUUCCAUUUUCAAGGUACAGGAUGAAUAAAAACAAAAUAUAUCACAUGA